ACACCCAAUAGAUAUCGACCCGGAACUUCAAGCCAGUAAGUUAUUGACAGUUAGCCUGUCUUAAACCUAAACACUUGGUUCUUUGCUUUAAGUCUGAGAUCAAGACAGCAAUAACAUAUGCAAGUGAUAAAUGAGAAGUUUAUCAUAUGAAACUGCAAAUGCUUUUUGAUCCUUGGUUUUAUGAUGGAUAACAGGGUCGGAAUCUUACGGGCUGUUCAGGCGGCAGCUAAUGGAAGAACACAGAAGGUCCCUUGAACUUGAGGCGAGGCGUCUCUCACAAUUCCAGUUAGCUUCCAAACCUCUUGCUGGCCAAUCUUGCUUGGGUUAUUCCAUGGAUGAGCUUAAAGUGCCUGAAGAUAACUCCAGAUUUCCUUCUGCUGAUCGAUACCAUUAUCUGCUUGAUGUUCUGAACAGUGGUUCUUCGAGUGAUGAUAACCCCAAGUUCUCAGUAAAUAAUUGCUGCGAUCAUGACGGUGCUCAAGGACUCAAUCUUCCCGAGAACCCCUUUGCGCCUGCACUCGAUAGCAGCAUUUCAGCGGUCAUGUAGAUUCAAGAAGACCAGACACAAAAGAUCAGAGUUUAUAUCAGUAGCUUUUUACAAGUCACCAUCUUUAGUUGACUGGAUACAGUUCUUUCUUCUGCUACACCAUUCUACUCAGCUUGCUGACUAAUUGAGGUACGUAUUGGUAGAGAUAAAACCAGAAGAAUGUCCGUCCCAUUACGCGAGUUGAAGGAGGUAGGAAUUACGGACGUGACGCAGAGAUGCAUAUAAGAAGAGAAUAGAGUUGUUAGUGUUUGGAUAGAAGAAUGCAAUAUAGGAGUUUUGACUUAGAUGACGAAAGAAAAGUACCCACAUAGUACAUAUUCACUAUCUUUGUGAAACGGGGCGGUAGACUAAACUGUUUAGACUAUCAGUUGUAGUUUUUACUGCUAGUUUAGCAACAUGACUUCAUUCUGUGAACAUUUUUCAUCAAACUCUUUCCGUGUUUUGUUUUAUCGUUUCCUCUUUAGUGAUAGUCUCUGAUAAUGUCAGUUUUUUGUACAGUGAACAUCUAUGGAUGCUUGCUUUAUUAUUCAAUGCUUU